AUGGAAUCUGCUGGCUGCAAGGCAUCGUCACCACUCAUAUUCCUUUUCCCACAACAACAAGUAUUGUUCCUAUUAUCAUUAUUAUGUCUUGCUUUGAUAUUGCCCUUCAUCACUAGCAGUGCUACUACUAGCACUAGUAAUAUUACUAGUAGAGACUGCAUCAAGGAGGAACGAGACGCCCUCCUCACAUUCAAAGCCCAAAUGACAUAUCACAAGAUUUAUCCCAUCUCGUCAUGGGGUGAUCAAACUGAUGAAUGCUGCCACUGGGAUGGCGUGCGCUGUGACAACAAUUCUGGUCACGUCGUCCGCCUUGACCUCAAAGGCGCUCUUGAUUGGGGCCUGAGAGGCAACAUUAGUCAAUCUCUUCUUGUCCUCCAGCACCUCACAUACCUUGAUCUUAGUGACAAUUUCUUUGUCAAUUUCUCCAUCCCAAAAUUAUUGGGUUUGUUGGAGAACCUGGUUUAUCUCGACCUCCGCUACUCGGGCUUCACUGGUGUCAUACCUCACGAGCUCGGUAAUCUCACAAGGCCGCGUUACCUCAACCUAGAUGCUGAGGAAGGACGUGGUUAUAGCAAAGUUGAUGAUGCUGAAUGGCUAUCUGGUCUAUCUUCUUUGGAAUACCUGUUUAUGGAUCAUGUCAACUUUUCUGGUGUGGACAAUGUUAUGCAAUCACUCAACAAGCUUCAACAUUUAAAAGAGGUUUAUUUAUUUGAAUGCAGCAUGAACAUCAUCUCUGAGUCUCUCCCAUAUCUCAACUUCACCUCCCUUGUUGUCAUGGAUAUCAGCUCCAACAUGUUCGGCAACACUAGCAUCCCAGAAUGGCUCUUUAGAAUGCCCAGCCUAUGUGAUCUCAACAUGUACUCCACUGGGUUGGCCGGCUCCAUCCCUUCUUCUGUUGGAAACGCAAGUUCUCUUCAAUUUCUGGAUUUGCGCGGCAAUGAAGGAAUUUCUGGUGAUAUGCCAAGAGGAUUUGGUAAUCUCUGCAAUCUCCAGGGGCUCUACUUGGAUGGCACUUUUGUGGGGAAGAGCUUGAAUGAAUUCAGAGAUGCAUUCUCUAGAUGCAUCAACCUAAAUUUGAAUGUGCUUUAUUUUCGAAAUAGCUCACUACAGGGUCCUUUGCCAGAUUGGUUGGGUGAACUCAUAAAUCUCACUUCUCUUGAUCUUUCUACAAAUAACCUUCACAGCUCCAUUCCUGCACCUAUUGGCAAACUGUCACAACUGCAAGAAUUGUAUCUUUAUAGCAAUGCAUUAAAUGGCUUCAUCCCUAAAUCCCUGGGAAGACUCUCAAGCUUGCAACAUUUGGAUCUUCGGGAUAAUGCUUUAAAUGGCUCCAUCCCUGCAUCCCUUGGAAGACUCUCAGGAUUGCAAUAUUUGGAUCUUGCAGCAAAUGCAUUAAUUGGCUCCAUACCUGCAUCUCUGGGAAGACUCUCAAGAUUGCAAUAUUUGUCUCUUAGCGACAAUGCAUUAAAUGGCUCAGUCCCUGCAUCUCUGGGAAACCUCUCGGAACUACAAUAUUUGCUUCUUGGAGGUAAUGAACUAAAUGGUCCUGCCCCAGAAAAUUUGUCGCAACUCUCAAAUUUGAUUACAUUCGAUCUUAGUAACAACUUCAACUACAACUCUGUUAUCACCGAAACUCACUUGGCCCAUCUCACAAGCCUCAAAUACCUAAUCCUUGACUAUACCAAUUUGGCACUCAAUAUUAGCACUAAUUGGAUUCCAGUGUUUCAGGCUUUCGAAGUAAACCUACAUCAUGGUCAGGUUGGGCCGAAAUUUCCACUUUGGCUAGCCAACCAAGUGACUCUUAAACAUCUGGUCCUAUCCAAUACUGGAAUCAAGGAUUCAAUACCUGAUUGGUUCUGGAACAACACACACAUUCUCAGCUUCUUAGAUCUCAGCAACAAUGAGAUCAACGGACAGCUGCCUCAACGUUUACAAGCUGGAGAAUAUAGUUUGAGAAUAUUUCUUAGUUCCAAUUGCUUUGAGGGAUCUAUUCCUUAUUUUUCUCCUAUGGUUGGUGCACUGGACUUGAGCAAUAACUCUUUUUCAGGAAUGAUUCCCUCAAAUCUUGGAAACUUUGGAGGAAUAAGACCUCAGCUCACUUUCCUUUCUUUAUCUUCAAACAAUUUAUCCGGUGGUAUUCCGAACUCUCUUUGUAAUUUGGUGGACCUUGUGUUAUUGGACUUCUCCAACAAUCAUUUGGAAGGACCAAUCCCAAAUUGUUGGAACAAUUUGACGCACCUAAGAUACCUCAUCUUGGCAAACAACUCACUAGCAGAUCUUUCCCACAACUUAUUUACUGGAAGCAUACCACCAUCAUAUGGCAACUUCACAAGCAUGAUAAAUUCUAGUAUGCAUGGUGGAGCAAAGUUUUCCAUUAAAAUAUCAGAAGUGCUUGUGGUUAUGAUUACCGUGUCAACAAAAGGAAUGGAACUCCAAUUUGGAGUCACUCUUUCAUCUCUCAAAUUUAUAGAUCUCUCUGCAAAUAAUCUGUCAGGCCAAAUCCCAAAAGAAAUAGUCAACCUAGUUGGAUUACAAAAUUUGGAUUUAUCAUGUAAUAAUUUGUCAGGUGAGAUCCCGGAUGAUAUUGGUCUAAUGCAAUCAUUGGAAUCUCUCGAUCUCUCUAGAAAUAAGCUCAUCGGACCAAUUCCUCCUAGUCUUUCUACAUUACAUUUUUUAGAAAGCUUAAAUCUAUCACACAAUAACUUAUGUGGAAAAAUCCCAUAUUGUAGCCAAUUGACCACUUUCAAUGAUCCAUCUAUUUAUGCUGGUAAUAUUAAUCUUUGUGGAGCUCCUCUAAGUAAGAAUUGCACAAGUGAUGAGCCAAAAUCAAAUAGCCAUGUUGAUGAUCAAGAAGAUGAAGAUGAUAAAGAUGAUCUGCCUAUUUGGUUUUACAUUGGUUUGAUGUCAGGAUUUGUUAUUGGGUUUUGGAUAACUAGGUUUUUCUCCGGCCAUCUUCUCCGGCCAUCUCUCCGACCAUCUCUCCGGCCAGUCCCUUCCUUUUUCCUUCUUUUUUUCUUAUACCUCUUCUUUUUCCAUCCCCUCAUUCAUACAUUAAAAAUUCUGCGAGCCCUCGACUCCACAAACCCAGCCCGUGCCCCGGCUCCGCCCCUCCCCAGCUCGGCCCCCCACCCGUCCCCAGUGGUGCCCCCACCGCGACCCCGGCCGUGCCCCCGACCCGGCCGCCACCCGGCCUCCCCGCCUCCCCAUCUCGCGUCCCCCACCUGCCGCGCCCCGGCUCCGCCCCCUCCCAGCUCGGCCCCCACCCGCGUCCCCCAGCCUGCGCCCCGGCUCCGCGACCCGGCCGCCCGUCGCCCGCGCACGCGCCUCGAUCAGCGCGCCCAGGCCCGAGCCUCUGACAGCGCGCGGCUCCAGCCUCGCCGCCGCUCACGCUCCAGCAUCUCGCCGCCGCACGCCCGGCUCCAGCCUCCCGCCGCCACGCCCCCAGCUCCCGCCACUCGCCGGAAGAUGAUGCUGGUCGCCGUCGCUCGCCGGAAGAUGAUGUUCAGCCGACCAGCCAUCUCUUCUCAAAUUCCUUGA